CCCUUUUAUCUUGUUUAUAAAGAUAAUGAAUAUCUUCAUCAGUCUGCAGAAGAUGAUAUUAUUCUUUACAAUGUUGAAAUGAACUACCCAACUACCAUCAUGACUAACAGCACAAUGAAACAAGUUAAUGCUUCAAAUUAUGUGUUGUCCUCAGACAAAAAUUUCAUAGCUCUGGAAAGCAAUUAUUCAAAGCUGUGGAGAUACUCUUAUACAGCAUCAUACCACAUUUAUGAUCUCAUAUAUGGUGGUUUUGUAACAGAAAAUCAGCUUCCACAUAAAAUUCAGCAUAUAUCCUGGUCACCCGUUGGACACAAAUUGGUAUAUGUAUAUCAGAACAAUAUCUACUUGAAACAAAGUCCAAGAGAGGCACCAAUUAGAAUAACUAGUGAUGGAAAACAGAAUGAAAUAUUUAAUGGGAUACCUGAUUGGGUCUAUGAAGAGGAAAUGCUAGCAACAAAAUAUGCACUGUGGUGGUCUCCAAGUGGAAAAUACUUAGCGUAUGUAAAAUUUAAUGAUUCUGACAUACCAGUUAUUGAAUAUUCAUAUUUUGGUGAGGACCAGUAUCCUAGAAAAAUAAUUAUCCCAUACCCAAAGGCUGGGGCUAAAAAUCCUACUGUUAAAGUGUUUAUUGUCGAUACUACUAACGCUGAAGCAUUUGGUCCUAAGGAGGUGCCAGUUCCUGCAGUCAUAGCAUCCAGUGAUCACUAUUUUACUUGGCUUACUUGGGUAACAGAUCGUCGAAUCUGUGUGCAAUGGCUAAAGAGAAUCCAGAAUUUUUCAGUCUUAGCUAUUUGUGACUUCAAAGACAAUUCAAAUACUUGGGACUGUCCAGAGAAUCAACAGCACAUAGAAGAGAGUCAAACAGGAUGGGCAGGCGGAUUCUUUGUUUCUGCACCAUAUUUUACAUCAGAUGGCAGUUCAUACUACAAAAUUUUUAGUGAUAAAAAUGGGUAUAAGCAUAUUCAUUACAUCAAUGGCUCUGUGGAGAAUGCAAUCCAAAUUACAAGUGGAGAAUGGGAGGCAAUAUACAUUUUCAGAGUAACAAAUGAUGCAAUUUUCUAUUCAAGCAAUGAAUUUGAAGGCUAUCCAGGAAGAAGGAAUAUUUACAAAAUCAGUAUUGGAAGUAAACCUAUCAGAAAACAAUGCAUUACUUGCAAUUUAAGGAAAGAGAGAUGCCAGUAUUAUACAGCAAGGUUCAGUGAACAUUCUAAGUAUUAUGCCUUGAUCUGUUAUGGUCCCGGGAUUCCCAUUUCUACUCUUUUUGAGAACCACGGUGAUAGAGAGCUCAGAGUAUUGGAAGACAAUUUGGAAUUGCAGUCUGCUUUGCAAGAGAUCAAACUGCCAAAAGAAGAAAUUAGUAAACUUGAAGUGGAUGGUAUAACUUUGUGGUACAAAAUGCUUCUACCCCCACAGUUUGAUAGAUCCAAGAAGUACCCUCUGCUUAUUCAGGUGUACGGAGGACCUUGCAGUCAGAAUGUAAAGGAAACAUUCAGCAUUAGCUGGAUAACCUAUCUUGCAAGCAAAGAGGGAAUUAUUGUUGCUCUAGUGGAUGGCAGAGGGACAGCUUAUCAAGGUGACAAGAUUUUGCAUGCAGUAUAUCGAAGACUAGGAGUCUAUGAAGUUGAGGACCAAAUCUCAGCAGUGAAGAAAUUUAUAGAAAUGGGCUUUAUUGAUGAGAAACGAAUAGCAAUAUGGGGCUGGUCCUAUGGUGGGUACGUAACUUCUUUGGCACUUGGAUCUGGCAGUGGAGUAUUUAAAUGUGGAAUGGCUGUAGCUCCUGUUUCCAGCUGGGAGUAUUACGCAUCUAUCUACACAGAACGAUUUAUGGGUCUUCCUGUAGAGUCCGAUAAUCUUGAGCACUACAAGAAUUCAACUGUGAUGGCAAGAGCAAAGAAUUUCCAAAACGUGGAGUAUCUUCUCAUCCAUGGAACAGCAGAUGAUAAUGUACAUUUUCAGAACUCAGCACAAAUCGCAAAAGCUCUGGUUAAUGCACAAGUGGAUUUCCAGGCAAUGUGGUAUACUGAUCAGAACCAUGGAAUUCCAGGCCUUUCCAGCAAACAUCUCUAUACACAUAUGACCCACUUCCUCAAACAAUGUUUUUCUUUGUCAGAAUAAGUAGGCUAUUCAGAGCAUGCUAAGGCAUCUGAUACAUCUCUGGGAGAAUGCAAUGAUAACAGUGCCCAGGUUAUAUAGUUUUCAGGUGAAUUGAUAACAGGAACUUUGAAGUUUUACAUUUGAUGUUUACAUCCACUUUUGAUAUUGUAUAUUAGCAAAUGUUAUGCUAAUACAUGUUUUGGCACAUUUAACACCUGUUUGAUAGAAAAAAUAAAAUCAGAAUGUAAAAUGCCAUGUGCAUUUAUUGCCAUCUUGCUUAAACUUACAUUCUGCAAUCCAAAGAUAGGUGGUCCAUUGCAAAGGCACACUGCCAGAUGAAUAUGCUUGCAUUUGUUAACUACAACUGUAAAACAGGAAAGGACAAAGAAAGCAGUGCAAGUACCUAAUUAGCAUCCUAACAAGAACCAGUUUCUAAAAAAUUAUUUUCAAUUUCUUGGAAAGAAUCCAAGCAGGGAUAGGAACACACAAUAUUUAAAGCUGAAGUUAGGAUAAUUAUCGAGAAUAUUGAAUUUUGUGUUCAAAUUUUAUUCAACUCUUACUUGAAACCUUGAUUCUGCAAAACUCUCAGUGUUCAGGUUUAAAUAUGAAAGCAGGACAUUCAUGAUAGCUAUUUUAUCUCAGUGUUUUUUCUCCCUGUAUUCAGAAUAUGAGAGCCAUAUUAGCCUGUUUUUAAUCUCUAAUCAUCACCUCAGCAUUCAAAUUAAUCUCAGUGUCAUUCAUCCCAGACUGCAGGGGAAGGAUCAAAGGAUUAUGUAGGCUUUCUUUGCUUUGUUUCCACUGAAGCUAUUUUAGGGAGUCUUUUAAAAAUGCUAGAGGCUAAUAAUGAUUGGAAUACUUGUA